AUGGAGGUAGGCUUUGGACAGCUGCCGCUCACCGUCACGCGCAGGCACGGCGGGGUGAACCAGCUCGGCGGGGUCUUCAUCAACGGGCGCCCGUUACCGCACGCGGCGAGGCAGCGCAUCGUGGAGCUCGCGCAACUGGGCGUGCGCCCCUGUGAGAUCUCCCGCCGCCUGCGCGUCAGUCACGGCUGUGUCAGCAAAAUACUGGCCAGGUACAAUGAGACAGGGAGCAUCAGACCAGGAGUGAUUGGAGGCUCUAAGCCCAAAGUGGCCACUCCUAGAGUUGUGCAAAUGAUCCUGCAUCUGAAACACACCAACCCAACCAUGUUCGCCUGGGAGAUCAGAGACAGGCUGAUGCUGGAGCGAGUGUGUGACCAUGACAGCGUGCCCAGCAUCAGCUCCAUCAACAGGAUCAUCCGAAGCAGAGUCCAGUCUGAGUCUUGUGUCGUUGUGUCAUCAGCAUCACCUCUUGCCGUGGGAACGGCCCAUUCGUCUGAGUCCACUUAUUCCAUCAGUGGCAUCCUGGGAAUCAGAAAAUGCAGCAGUAAACACAAAGAAGGCAGGGACGUCUCCUGCAGCGUGUACCACGACCAGCCAUGUUCCUGUAAUGACGCCUGGGGACGGUCUGAGUGCUGCCCGACCUCCGUCUCCAGCCUGACCUUUUACCCCGGCCUGCCAGCUAAUCGUAAUCCAAACCUGAUAGGGUCCCCAUGUCAUUACAGCAGAAGGGGGCUGUAAAAUAUCCAAGAAGAAAGAAUAUCAUCCAUUUUUGUG